GCAAUCCUACAAGCCAUUUUCCCAUUGCAAAUGAAUUUUCGAAAACCAAUUUACCUACUCGUCAAGGUGAUGAGUUGCAUCCAGAUGCUUGGCUCGAUGAUUAUAGAAGAAAUGUUGUGUUUAAUCCUAACAGUCAUACAGGGAGUACUGGUUCUUGGGCCUUAUUUUACAGGGAGCAAGAACACAAUGGUUUAGACCUGGUACAACACCUAAUGUCCCAAAAUUUGUCCAAUGAACCACUUCAAGAGGAAAAUCACUUCUUUCAUCCCCUUCCACAUUCAACUGAAUUUGGUGUGGAGCGUAGUCAUAGUUUCGAUCUGAUGCAGAGCAAGAAUCUCCAUCAGCAGCACUCAAUCCAUCAUUCAUUUCCGCACAUGGACACCCUUUUGGAGCUUCAAUUUGAACAUCAGUGGCAGUUGGAACUUCAGCGAUAGCAUCAACAUCAGUUGGAAUUUCAGCUGCUGCAGCAUCAUCAGUUGGAACUUCAGCGGCGACAGCAGCAGCACUUGGAAAUUCAGUGGCAGCAGCAACAGGUUCGACACCAUCAAAUUAAAUUGUUGCAACAUUUGGAAGAACAACAUCUACAGCAGCAGCAUUCUAAAGUUCAGCAGUUGCUACUUGAUCAAUUACUGCAGUAUCAGAUUUCUGAUCCUGGUUAUGGGCAGCGCAUACUUGAUGCUUCUAGAGACAACAUACUCGAUCAAGUUCAGCUACAAAGACAUCUUCUAAAUGAAUUGCAGCAGAAUUCUCAUUCUUCAGGGCACCUGGAUUCAUCACUAGAGCAGAUCAUCCAAGCAAACCAGAGUGCAGUCCAAGGGCAGCAGGCUGAUAUUUUGGAUUUCAUGUUACAAGCAAAGUAUGGCAAUAUGCUUCCUUCAGAGCAUCAGCUUCAUCUUCAACGUGAGCAGUUUCAAGCAGAGUUGUUAUCAAGGGCACUGAACCAACAAUUAGUUAUGGAGGGGGAUAGACAGCAUACUGGUUCUUGGUCAGUUGAUGAAGUCGGUCGGUUUGUUAGAAAUCCUAGCUUUCAUCCCCAGGAUCAACCAGUGGGAUUGAAUGGUUCAGAUCUUCACCAGAAGAGGUUUUCAUCUUUUGAAGAGCAGUUUAACAAUCUUAAAAGGAGUCAUGCUUUGCAGGAGAAACAGCAGCAAGGGGCCAUUGACCCCAGUUCUACAGCAUUUGCCUGGUCAACUCUUUCUGCACCUGGGAUGGAAGUGGACGAUGUAAAUUGUCUAAAUCUAUCCGACCAUCUCUAUAUGCACUCUAACAACCGACUGGAUUCAUUUUCUUCUGGUGACCAUUCUCUUGGCCGACAAAUUUCGGGUGAUGUGUUUACUUCUCAUCCAGAUUUAACAGAGAGCUACCAGUCUAGGCAAAAUGGGCAAUUAGAAAAUAGUUGGACGGAAAAACAAAUGCAACAAUUAAGUCUUGAAGCAGAUCUGCAAAGAAGGGAGUCUGAAGUUGAUUCAAGCACUUGGACAUCAGCUGGAGGGAUUCAUGAGAACUCUAAGAAAGCUUUAAUGGACCUUCUUCACCAAAAACUUGGUGUUCAUUCCACACGGUCAUCAGAAGUAGAUUAUCAAUAUUCUACCUCAUCUUCGAAUUUACCCCUCAAUCAUUUCACAGAUCAGGAAGUUCAUGUGAACAGCUCAUUUUCAGAAGGCCCUCAAAAUUCCGUCUCAUUUGGAGAAGAACAGUCAUUCAUAUCGGGCUCUGGAGAUAUGUUUCCUAGUAGUUAUGAAGGUGCGAGGAUGAUGGAAAAAUCUGCUGUGGACAAAGAAUUAAUAGAAUUGGAGGGUAAGGAGAAGAGAAGUGGAUUGAAAGGCAUUAUUUCUAGGAGCGGUUCUGUGUCGGGGUCAGAGGACUUCGACCAAGCAGAGACAUAUUUGAACUGUGGUGAUCUACAAGGUAGAACCCAUAUCCGGCAUGGUUCUUUUAGUGAUAAAGCUUCUCAGGUUCCAUCAUCCCAGAAUGUUUUUUCCGAACAAAAUGCAGUGCUUAUGAAGCAGAAAAGCCUUGCAACUUCUGAAGGAAGACAUGAAGGCAUGACAAUGAAUGCAGCAGCAGGUGCGAAUAGGGGCACAGAAACUCAGGUAUCGAGCAAGAACAAUGCGGCAGGUAUGAGAAGGGCCUCAUCUUAUAACGAUGGUGCAGUGUCUGAGGCAUCAUCAUUCAUAGAUAUUCUUAGGAAGCCGGUUCAUCUUCAAGGAACCGAGGCAGUUGCGUACGGCACUGCUUUUGAGCCAUCAUCUGAUGCCGCUUCACAAGCUCCUCGAGCUGGCAAGAAGAAGGGAAAGAAGGGAAAACAGAUUGAUCCUGCCUUGCUGGGUUUCAAGGUUUCAAGCAAUCGCAUUUUGAUGGGUGAGAUCCAACGCCCUGAUGAUUAAUUUUUCUCAUCUGCGCGAACCGUAUCAUGUUGUACAUUUCCCUGUAAAUGUUUGUUAUCAUUUCGUUUUGCUG